AUGAGGAGGGCCAAGGGGCUGGUUUGCUUGUUCUCACGCCCAACCAGCCGACCCAGCCAGAGGAAAGUUUCGCUUCCAGGAGGGAGAGGAGGAAACAUGGCAGCGCGUUCGUGGCUUUGGUGUGUCUCUGCAACCAUUGCAGUGGCGCUGCUGCUUGUAUUUGGGGUUCCUUCAGCCUCUGCCCAAAGAAAGAAGGAGAUGGUGUUAUCCGAAAAGGUUAGUCAACUGAUGGAAUGGACCAAUAAAAGACCUGUAAUAAGAAUGAAUGGAGACAAGUUCCGUCGCCUUGUUAAAGCCCCACCAAGAAACUACUCCGUUAUUGUCAUGUUCACUGCUCUCCAACUUCAUAGACAAUGUGUCGUGUGCAAGCAAGCGGAUGAAGAAUUCCAGAUCCUGGCAAACUCCUGGCGAUACUCCAGUGCAUUUACAAACAGGAUAUUUUUUGCUAUGGUGGAUUUUGAUGAAGGCUCUGAUGUAUUUCAGAUGCUAAACAUGAAUUCAGCUCCAACUUUUAUGAACUUUCCUGCAAAAGGGAAACCCAAAAGAGGUGAUACGUAUGAGUUGCAAGUGCGUGGUUUUUCAGCUGAGCAGAUUGCCCGGUGGAUUGCUGACAGAACUGAUGUCACUAUUAGAGUAAUAAGACCUCCAAAUUAUGCUGGUCCCCUUAUGUUGGGAUUGCUUUUAGCUGUUAUUGGUGGACUUGUGUAUCUCCGAAGAAGCAAUAUGGAAUUUCUCUUUAAUAAAACUGGAUGGGCUUUUGCAGCUUUGUGUUUUGUGCUUGCUAUGACAUCUGGUCAAAUGUGGAAUCAUAUAAGAGGACCACCAUAUGCUCAUAAGAAUCCCCACACAGGACAUGUGAAUUAUAUCCAUGGAAGCAGUCAAGCCCAGUUUGUAGCUGAAACACAUAUUGUUCUUCUAUUCAAUGGUGGGGUUACCUUAGGGAUGGUACUUUUAUGUGAAGCUGCUACAUCUGACAUGGAUAUUGGAAAGCGAAAGAUAAUGUGUGUGGCUGGUAUUGGACUCGUUGUAUUAUUCUUCAGUUGGUUGCUCUCUAUUUUCAGAUCUAAAUAUCAUGGAUAUCCAUAUAGCUUUCUGAUGAGCUAAAAAGGAUCCCAGAGAUAUAUAGACACUGGAGUAAUGGAAAUUGAAAAAUGAAAAAGGUGUGUGUAUGAAAAGAAGAAUGCAAUUUGUGUAUUUUGUAUUACCUCUUUUUUUUAAGCGAUUUAGUUAAUCAUUUAACCAAAGAAGAUGUGUAGUGCCUUAACAGCAAUUUCCUAUCAUAAUCAUGAAGUAUUUGGAUACAAUUUUCCUCUUUACCUUCCCUUCCCAGUGAACUUUAUGGAACCUUUAAUUUAGUAGUACUAAGAAUUUCAUGAAAAUUUCAAAACUACGACUCCAUCUUAAUUAGAACAAGGUUCAAAACUGCUUUAGUUAACUUUUGGCCAAAUGAUUUUAUCUUAUCCAAAGAUGGUAGUGGGGGGUUGAUUCUGACCAGGUGUUCCUUCAUAUGCCUGUUAUAGAUAACUGCAUCAGGAAUCCAAUGUUAGCUUUUCCAUUUUUGCAUGGAUGUGUAUACUUUUGCACAUCUUUCCUUUCGGGCAGAGAAGUCAUAUGUGCUAUGUGAUCUUCUGAAAACAGAAUACCAUUCUUCAGAGUACAUGUCUAGCUUUUAGAAAAAGAAGUACUAGCCAGUCUUUCUCCUCCAUCUAUCCUAUUGAAAUACAGUGCUGACUGUCUAUGCUUCCUGGUGGCUGUAGAUGUUAAAAAAAAGUAUCUCUAAAUACAGGAUUAUGAUUUCUGCAUAAGUAUGGAAGAAAAUACCUUGUAUUUGGAAAGAUUUCAGGUUCAUUCUGUCUCCCUAGUUUUAUUUAAGGUAGCCCACUCUAUAAUAAAAAUGUAGCUUAGUGCUAAAAAUCAAUGUAACUUAAAAAUGGUCUAAAAUGUUUGCAAAUUUGAGAUUGUCACUUAUUUCAUUUGUACCUAAGAGAAAAAAAAAUAGACUUAUCUGGUUAAUUUGAUACUGUAUUACAGUUACAAAAUAUUUUAAUAAUCCUUGUGUUUAGGAAAAGAAGUCUCCUAGGUUAGGAAAAGAAGGUUAUGAAAUAAUUGUUAUUGCCUGUGAAUAGAAAGUAAAUGUUUCUUGAAAGCUAUUCUGUUUUUCCUAUUAUUGUAGCCUUUAUUCUCCACUUUAAGUGGAGAAACAAAGUAAACAUUUAAAAGUG